UGGGAACCUCCGGGUUUUUUGUUUUUUUUCUCAUUUCCUUUCACUUUCUCCUUUUCACAGCCCCCCCCUCUUUCCAACAUGCCCCCCCUCCCGCACGCCCCUAUACCCUCCCCCUUGCAUGCACGAGCCUAGACAAGCCUAGAUUCGCGGUUUGUCCUACACGUGCAUGCCCAAACAUUGAUCCAACUCUCUUUCCCCUUCUUGUACCCCGCUCAUUUGCGGAGAGUAAGGAAGGUUUGGGGUGGGGGUCUGCAUACACACACACACACACACACACACACACAGGCUCUUCUUCCCCUCUUGUACCCCAUAAAAAUGCAAUUAAAUCUGGAGGUGGGUAGCACCUUAUUAGGAUCCGCCUAAAAUCGUGCAGAGCCACUUGGCUAGAGAUGGUGUUUUCGGCGCAAGCAAGAGUCGCGAGAAAAUAUUAUGGCUCAAGAAACUAAUCAUAGCCAAGUGCCUAUGCUAUGUUCUACUGGAUGUGGAUUUUAUGGAAACCCUCGUACAAACGGCAUGUGUUCGGUCUGCUACAAAGAACACCUUCAACGGCAGAAUGGUAGUAAUGAUAGAAUUAGCCCAUCAGCAACUUCAGUUAAUAGCCUAACUGAAUCUUUACCAGUUCAAUGCACUGACGGCAGCAUUCAGGACGUUCCUUCAACUCUAGAUUCUACACCUUUACCAGCUACACAGCUAAGCCCCGUAUCCAGCCCAUCGUCCCUUUUAGCAGAAUCUGUGGCAACAUGUGAAGUGGAAAGUUCAGACAUCAUGGAUAAACCUCAAGGAGAAGACGUACAAGAACCAACAUCAGUGGAGCUUGCCGAGACAAUUUCAAUAGACAGUACCGGAGACGAAUUUUCGAUGGAUAACUCAGAUUUACCUGACAUUACCAGGGGCUCAGAAACAGAAUGUGAUUAUGACGUGAACCUAGACAAUAAUGUAGAUGGCCCUGAUUUCCUGGAGGAGAGCUCAAGAGCCAAAACGAAGAGCUGUGAUUCAGAUUUAACACUAACCACAGUAGCUUCAGCAUCAGAUAGUGCAGAACCUUCCUCGGAAGAACAAGGCAAAUCAUUUGACAAACCCAAACAGAAAAAAACUCGAUGUUUUAUGUGCAGAAAGAAGGUUGGUCUCACUGGGUUUGAAUGCAGGUGUGGGAACGUUUACUGUGCUGUACACCGUUACUCAGAUGUCCACAGUUGCUCUUACAAUUACAAAGCUGACGCAGCUGAAAAGAUCAGAAAAGAGAAUCCUGUAGUUGUUGGGGAAAAGAUUCAGAAGAUUUGAACUGCUCCUGUAGCUGGAAUAUUAAAAUGUUUGACCAUCUGCAGAUGAAAAA